CAGCAUGCAAACUCAUCGGUUCACGUACACAUUACACGUAGAUGAGGAUGAUGUAGCAAGAUUUGUAUUGUUGAUUGUACCUUUUCGCAGAAGUCAAAUAACAACUUAAAAUGCCCAAAAGUACGUCGUCCGUGCAGCCUCCUGUGGACUAUGUUCACCGUGGAAGUUGGAUGAUUGAUCAAGUGGAGAAAAUUACUACAGACGCUACAGCUACGGAUGUUAGUGGAAUAGAAGGGGCUGAUUUUCAUUUGAGUGACACAGGGGAUAUCUUCUGGAGUCUACCUGCCGGUGUCACAAAGACACCAUACUUUGCCUUAAACUUUGACCUCUAUGAGGUUAUUGGAGCCAAGUUUCAUGCAAUCAAGUUCAUUGGAAGCCGUAGUGGAGACAAGAUCAUACUCUUUGCUUCACAAAAGAGUUCCAACACCCUUCACCUGAAGUAUGAGAAUGAAUUCAUUUUCCACUGUGAAAAGGUAUGGAAGAUUGAGGAGGCCAUCUUGGAGCCAUUCAGUCUUCUCCGAGCUUUCAAGGAAGGUUUCUUCACUGACAUGGAAAUCAAGGCUGACACUGGCAAGACUUUUGGUGUCCACAAGAUCAUCCUCAAGUCCACCUGUCCGCAGUUAGGAUGGGAUAUGAGCCCCGCCCCUCUGACCGGGACCUCUGAGGUGGUCCUUUCGGCCAUCGUCCAUUUCCUUUAUACCGAGUGCCUCCCUGAUACCAUAGAUGAGGAAUCUGCACGGAAGAUCUUAGAGGUUGCUGGGAAGCUACCUGGUCUUGAGAGAUUGGCUAAUCUGUGUCAUCUGUACUUGCAUAAUUCAGAUGUCAAGAAUCAAAUCAUCAACCUGGUCCAUGACAUUCACGUUUGCGGUGAUCGCCUGAUACAACUCUUCAGCCCCAAGACGACAACAGCAGAGGGAGCCCUUCGUCAAGAUAAUAUGAUGCUUGAACCGUCCAAGUUUUCUUACGCUCUCAGACAGUGUAUAAAGGAGGGUGCUGUUGCUGGUAUGAAGGUGGUCAUGAUCUGUGAUCUCUUUAACAAGAGAAAGAGAGAAAUGACCAAGCAGGAGAGACAUGAUCUCAUGAAAUACAUCAAAUCUAGGUUACCUAUCUUUGUAAAGCAGCUCUACAAGUUCUAUGAAGUAUUCAAAGAGCAACUUACCCAAGAUAUCACACCCAAGCAAAAUGAUGAUCUAGCAAGAUAUCUUGUACCAGAGAUGAACAAGUGUCUUGAUAUUACUACUGAUAUGGUAGAACAAGGCAAAGAUGCUCUUGAAAUCAUCCUCAGAAAGAUGAAAGCCGAGGAAAACAAGAAGUUUUCUACCAAAGAUUACCUCAAGUACAUUGUUGUCAGUGCAAUGUUCAAGAAGGAGAUGGCCCAACUGAAGCUAGCCCAUGAAAGGAUGUGCGAACUAUUCCAGAGUAUGUUAUGGCGUCAAGAAGGAUUUGAUUGUCUCUCAGAAGCAGAUAAGAUGUUCUCUGUCAACAAAAAUAUCGAACAAAUUGUUGAAGAGUUUCCUGUUAUGCUUCAAAAACUGGAGGCAUUAGACACCAAUGUGAAUGAUGGGUCAAUGCGAGACUGGAAAUUCAAUUUCAAGAUGGGGACCUCAAGAGUUAUGUGGUCCUUUGAUAAGAUCAUUACGCAUCGUGAGAGAUUCAAACCAAUCGUCACCCAUCUGAACAAACUGAUUGGCCGUCAAGCUUUCACAGAUGGGUUGCUCCAUGUUGGUCUCCUAGCAUCUGCUACCGAUGUUGAUGAGCCUAGUACGUCAUCUGCUGCAUCACCGUUUCCAAUGGAUGUUGACACAGAGGAUGCACAAGAUCAGAAUGUCUCGCCUCUUCCAGUCAAACGGCCUUUAGUCUCUGAAUCUCUGUGUGUUCCACCGAGUGCUGCUGAGAGUAAACUGGCUAAAGCUAUGGGAGCCUUACUAGAGUCUGGUCUUGAGACUGAUAUGUGCUUCGAAGUCAUCACAGUAACAGAUGAACCAUCAGAUGUUGUUGUAGAUCACACUCAAGGUGAACCCAUCGUAACACAGGAGACAGAGAGAAAGGUUAUCAGACAUCCUCCAAUCUAUGCUCAUUGUGCUGUCAUAGCAGCUAGGUGUGAUCGCUUCAAGAGAGCACUACUAAGUGGCAUGAGGGAAUCUAUAGAUAAGAAAAUUGAGGUCCAUGAUACGGAUCCAGACCUUUUCAAGCAGUUCCUGGUCUUUCUCUAUUCAGGCCAGAUCAAUACAUCAGAGCUGACGAUGGAUCAGGUUGCUGAUAUGAUGUCCCUUAGUGAUAGAUAUGAGGUCGACACAUUGAAGCAUGUAUGUGAAGCAUCUCUGAAGACUAAACUCAAUGAAGAUACAGUACUUUAUCUCCUUGGACUUUCCGAUCAGUUCCAUGCUGUCACACUCAGGGACGCUACAUUGGCCUAUAUAGAGAAGCAUCCAUUCAUUGCUAGUUCUGAGAUUUAUGAUGAACUCCCUGAACAUCUCCAAGAAGAGGUCAAGCUUAGAGCAAAGAAAGGACAGGAGGUAGGAGAUAUAGACCCGAUGGCACAGUUCAAGGGGGAGCAGUAUGAUUCUAGUUCUACUUCAUCUACGGAAGAUGGCAUGAAAGGUAUUGAGGAAAGCCAUGAUGCUAUGUUAGAUGAAGUUGAUGAAGAGAAGGAGAUGAUAUGUAUCGAGAGAUUGAAGGAGAUCAUUGGUGAGGAUAUUCCUCAUGACAAGCUUGUUGAAAUCGUUCGUAUUGCAGACUAUGACAUCAAUAGAGCUGCUAAUUAUUACUACUCAUCAAUAUGAUCAUACCGAUUGGAUACCAACAUUUGUUUUCAGUUUCAAACAUUUCCAUGGUACUCUUGAUAAAAAAUAUGUUGUGACUUCAGUCAUGGUUGUAUCUUCUGUCUUUUCUUCCUUUUCCUCAUUUUUGUACCUGUACUUUUAUUCUGUACUAUACAUGAAUAAACCAUUAGAUUUUCUGUAUUUGUAUUAUCAUUGGUAACUUUGACUCAGUGAAAUCUAUUAGGCUCACAGAAAU